UGAAAACUCACAUGCAACAGGGCUUAAUUUCUGUUGCUGCUCGUACUGUGAUAACACAUCUGGUCAACCACUUAGGCCACUACCCUAUGAGCGGAGGUCCUGCGAUGCUAACUAGCCAAGUGUGUGAGAACAACGACAACCCAUACAGUGAAAGUCCCGAACUUUCUCCCCAACUUUUUGAGAACCCAAACCUUCAAUUCUUUGUGUUAAACAAUACCUCCCUGGUGUCUUGCAUACAAAUUCAAGCAGAAGAUGAUAUGCCAGGGGGAGGACUGUCUGCCGGACUUGCAUCUGCUAACUCAAAUGUUAGAAUUAUAGUACGUGAUCUAUCAGGGAAAUACUCGUGGGAUUCGGCCAUUUUGUACGGGCCCUCAUCUUUAUGUGGAUCUUCACAACAAACUUCUUUUGCGGCUACCUUGUCUCAACAAGAUAAGCCAGAAGAUGCUCUUUCAUCUUUUGAGCAUGUAGAGGAUGUAUCUGCACGUGAUGGAAUUACGCUCCAAGUAAAAAGGAAAUUUAGAGAUACUGUACCAACAUGGGAUACAAUUAGGGAUGAAGAAGAUGCCCUUGAUGAGCUCUUGCAAUAUUUAGGUGUUACAAGCCCUGAAUGCUUACAGAGAACUGGUGUCUCACUCAACAUUCCUGCCCCUCAGCCAGCCUGCAUCUCAGAGAAGCAGGAGAAUGACGUCAUCAAUGCCAUUCUGAAACAGCACACAGAAGAGAGGGAGUUUGUUGAAAAGCAUUUCAAUGAUUUAAACAUGAGGGCUGUGGAGCAGGAUGAGCCAACCUCACAGAAGCCCCAAUCAGCAUUUUACUACUGCAGAUUGCUUCUGAGUAUACUGGGAAUGAAUUCUUGGGAUAAAAGAAGGAGCUUUCAUCUCCUGAAGAAAAAUGAGAAGUUACUUCGAGAACUCAGAAAUUUGGACUCAAGACAAUGCCGAGAGACACACAAGAUUGCAGUGUUUUAUGUUGCUGAGGGACAAGAAGAUAAACACUCCAUUCUUACGAAUACUGGGGGAAGUCAAGCCUAUGAGGAUUUUGUAGCUGGUCUUGGCUGGGAGGUAAAUCUCACAAACCAUUGUGGCUUUAUGGGAGGACUGCAAAAAAACAAAAGCACUGGGUUGACCACUCCAUAUUUUGCUACCUCGACAGUAGAAGUAAUGUUCCAUGUGUCAACAAGAAUGCCUUCUGAUUCAGAUGACUCUUUAACUAAAAAGCUGAGACAUUUAGGAAAUGAUGAAGUACACAUUGUCUGGUCAGAGCAUACCCGAGAUUAUAGAAGAGGAAUAAUUCCAACAGAAUUUGGUGAUGUUCUUAUAGUUAUCUAUCCCAUGAAAAACCAUAUGUUCAGUAUCCAGAUCAUGAAAAAGCCUGAGGUUCCAUUUUUUGGUCCACUGUUUGAUGGUGCUAUUGUGAAUGGAAAAAUUCUUCCUAUUAUGGUUCGUGCAACAGCUAUAAAUGCAAGCCGUGCAUUGAAAUCAUUAAUCCCAUUAUAUCAAAACUUUUAUGAGGAGAGAGCACGGUACCUGCAAACAAUUGUUCAACAUCAUCUAGAGCCUACAACAUUUGAGGAUUUUGCUGCUCAGGUUUUCUGUCCAGCACCAUACCACCAUUUCCCCUCAGAGGCAGAUCAUUAAAUAUCAGUUCUGUUUAUCUGAAGGUAAGACAAAGUGUCAAAAAAUCCCCUUUGUUCCUCUUACUUUUACUAGACCACUAAGCUUGUAACCAGAUUGUAUGCAAACUUACCUUGUUGCCCUUGUUCACACUAAAAAGAAUUUCACACUGAUUGAGAAAUGACCACUACAUCUUCUUAAAGUUUUAGUCUUUUACUAACCUCAGGUCUGCAUGAAGCACUAACACUGGUUCUGGGAUUAAGGUAACUAAUGAUAGAGACAGUUGUUGAAUGAGUAACACUUUAUUGUGUUGACCUUUGUUUCUCAGCAUGAACAAGUAGUACUGGAUGGCAGUGGUGUGUUUUGUACCCUGUACUGUCUUUCAUUGAUGUUGUAAGACAUUCUGCACUGAUAACAUAGGAGAGAAGGAGAAGAAGAAUGUGUAACACUUGAAAUUCCUUGUUCAGAAACCAUCAUUUAAUGAUGAAGAGAUCAAAAUGCUUCUGUGGAAAAGCUGGAAAUCUGAAUAAAAUUCAUUUUCUAAGA